AUGUCAGCUGCAAUGCUCACCCGCACACUCCGCCUACCCAUUCCGCGCGCGCCGCUACCACCGCUUCUCGGGGCUGACCGCUUUGUGCCUGCGCAAGCCGAGGCUCGAAGCGCGGAGGGAUCGGACGGUGGGAGAAAGAAAGGCGGCCGAGAUGGUGGGAGUGGAGAAAUAGCGGCGCCGUCUCUGUCCAAUCAGCGAACAACGCGUACGCAUGGGGGAGAGAACGGCGACGGGCGGAAGACCCGGAGUGGCAGAAGGGAAGGCGGAAAGUUCGCGGUGGAGGAAGCGGAAAGCGGAGGCGGCAGCAGCGGGGCAGUGACGGACUCAAUGCGGCGCAACGCGCAGGCGACGGCGGCCGCGCUGCGCAGCAAGAGCCGGCGCGCCAAGCGAUGGCUCGGACAGCACUAUCUACUGCGGGACGACAUCAGCUUGGCCACGGUGGCGGCAGCGGGCGUGCAGGCGGGCGACGUGGUGGUGGAGGUGGGGCCGGGCACGGGCGCUCUCACUGCUGCCCUCGUGGCUGCUGGCGCUCAUGUCAUUGCCGUGGAGAAGGACCCUGACAUGGUGCAGCUGGUGCGGGAGCGCUUCGCCCAGUGCCCACAAGUAGAGGUGGUGCAUGCGGACAUUCUCAAGUGGCCCCUGCACACGCACCUGCCUGCGCGCCUGCACCACCUCACUGGAACGGCUGGGGACGACACACACACACUGGGAGGGGCGGAGGGAAGGGCAGCACACGGCGAAGGGGCGUGGGCGAGUGGUGGGGCAGCAGCGCGCGCGCGUGGGAUGGACGGCAUGGGCAUGGCGGGAGAGCCGCCCGUGCCCAGUGCUGCUGCACCGCCUGCUGCUGCACCGCCUGCUGCUGCACCGCCUGCUGCUGCACCGCCUGCUGCUGCACCGCCUGCUGCUGCUCCCACCGCUGGCGCUGUGGCGAGCAGAGGCAGCGAGGGGAAUGGAGGCAGCAGUGCCGUGCGCGCCAAGGUGGUGACAAACCUCCCUUUCAACAUCACCACGGACUUUCUGCGCCUCUUCCUGCCCCUCGGCCACCUCGUCUCCACCGUCGUCUGCAUGCUGCAGGAUGACGCGGCACAGCGGCUGGUGGAUGCAACACCGGCAGCAUCGCAGUACCGACCCAUGAGCGUGUUCGUGCAGUACUAUGCGGACCCCACCUAUCAGUUCUUCGUCAGCCGCCGCAGCUUCCUACCUCCCCCAAAUGUUGAUGCAGCAGUCGUGUCAUUCGCCCUCAAGCCACCAAUGGAACGAGUCCACGUGGCAUCGCCCACCCAGUUCUUCCACAUGGUGAACAGGGCAUUCCAGGCGAAGCGCAAGAUGCUGCGGGCGUCGCUGCAGCCCUCCUACUCGUCGCAGCAGGUGUCUGCUGCUCUGGAGGCGCUCUCGCUGCCCGCCACUGCGCGUCCCGAGGAGCUGUCAUUCGAGCAGCUGGUCCUCCUCUUCAACCGCCUCCAUGCCUCGUAG